AGCCUCCCUUUCCAAAAAAUACAACACAGCAUCACAGCACAAGAUCACCAACCUACACCUGACAGCUGUAUACUCAGUAUGGUAGUGGGACAGCUUAAGGCAGAUGAUGACCAGGUUCUAGGCUUCCACCAAACCUUUUUGUUGAAAAGUUUUCAAGGUGCCUGGGUGUGCACCAAUGAAGUCUUCAGGCUAGCCCUCCACAACGUUUAA